AUGCACAUCUUCCCAGAUCAUUUCCUCCUACUCGAGGAAUACCUGGAAGACGAUGCUCAGAGUCAGAUUUUCAGCACACCUGGAACCAUUGAAGCAAUUAUUGUUCUUGGCCUCUGGCUCGAAGAGAACAAGUUGAUAUCGGAGACGAGCGAAGCCAAUUUCAUGUCUUACCAUCACCAAAUCACACUCUGCUCGGUCUAUCAUCCCGAUCUGCAUGUUCGCAACGCCGCGGUCGUUCUGGCCGGCCACGUUCUUCAUUCUGAUCCGGACGAGGAUGACCGAUUGAAGAUCCUGGAGGACUUGCUAGAGAACUGCAUGUUCGCGUCGCUCAAGGCCUGUGCCCUGACUUGGCUUCGAGAGGAGCUGAUAUCAGCUCAAAAAGAAAAGGCGCCCAACGCUUUCUCCUCGCCUGACUCGAUCGAGCAAGUACAGUAUCUGAUAUUCCCAAAUAUGGCGCUUCUGGAAGAGAUGGAUGAUGAAGGUCUCCUGGAUUACUGGGUUCAAAAUUCGGCUUUUGUGAUCCAGGCUGCUAACUUUGCGUACUUCUUGUUUAACUCCGACACCUACCAACAUCUGGUUCCUGCCGCAAUGCGGGCCGGAGUCGAACAGCGUUAUGUCGAACCUUUGCUAGCGGCGGCAGCAAGACUGGAAGGCAUCAUCACGAAGGGAGCUUCUUCUGGUGUUGGCAUGUCGGAGGUUACUCUACAGCUGGACAUUCUCCAGGACCGACUGAAGAGUCUCUCGUUGCAUUAG